UUCACGUUUAUGGUUUGACGGGAGUAGUUGUAGUUCUCACACCGGAGAGUGAAACUGUCCUGGAAAAAAGCUACCGGGAUUGCUUUUUAGGCUUUCGUAGCGGGAGUUUGGGAGUGAACUGCCUUAAGUGGUUGGAGAGCGAAUCUUUUUUCUCUUGGAUAGUGGUCUAAAGUUGUCACCAUGCCGGUUUUUCACACGAAGACGAUAGAAAGUAUUCUGGAGCCGGUGGCUCAGCAGAUAUCCCAUCUGGUGAUAAUGCACGAAGAAGGUGAAGUUGACGGGAAAGCUAUCCCAGAUCUGUCGGCGCCGGUUGCUGCCGUGCAGGCGGCUGUUAGCAACCUUGUGCGGGUGGGGAAGGAGACUGUACAAACCACAGAGGACCAGAUUAUGAAAAGGGACAUGCCACCAGCUUUUAUCAAAGUGGAGAAUGCAUGCACUAAACUGGUGCAGGCUGCCUCCAUGCUGAAAGCCGAUCCAUACUCUGUUCCUGCUCGGGAUUACCUCAUCGAUGGCUCCCGGGGCAUCCUCUCUGGGACCUCUGACCUGCUCCUGACCUUUGAUGAGGCUGAGGUCCGCAAAAUAAUCCGCGUAUGCAAAGGCAUCCUUGAGUACCUGACAGUGGCAGAGGUGGUGGAGUCCAUGGAGGACUUGAUCACAUACACAAAGAACCUUGGACCAGGAAUGACAAAGAUGGCAAAGAUGAUUGAUGAGCGACAGCAGGAGCUGACCCACCAGGAGCACCGCGUGAUGCUGGUCAACUCCAUGAACACAGUCAAAGAGCUGCUGCCCAUCCUCAUUUCAGGUAUCAAAAUAUUUGUGACAACCAAGACGUCUGGCAGCCAGGGUGUGGAGGAGGCCUUGAAGAACCGAAACUUCACUGUUGAGAAGAUGAGCGCCGAGAUAAACGAGAUCAUCAGAGUGCUGCAGCUGACGUCCUGGGAUGAGGACGCCUGGGCCAACAAGAAGGACACAGAGGCCAUGAAGAGGGCUCUGGGGCUCAUCGACUCAAAGAUGGCUCAGGCUAAGAACUGGCUGAGGGAUCCAAAUGCUCAACCAGGGGACGCGGGCGAGCAGGCCAUUCGACAGAUCCUUGAUGAAGCCGGGAAAGUUGGUGAACUGUGUGCCGGGAAGGAGCGGCGGGAUAUCCUGGGCACGGCCAGGACCCUGGGCCAGAUGACUGACCAGGUGUCUGAGAUGAGGGCCAGAGGUCAGGGGGCGUCCCCGGCCGCCAUGCAGAAGGCGCAGCAGGUUUCCCAAGGGCUUGACGUGCUAACUGGCAAAGUGGAAAAUGCUGCUCGCAAAUUGGAGGCCAUGACUAACUCCAAGCAGGCAAUCGCCAAAAGGAUUGAUGCUGCACAGAACUGGCUGGCAGAUCCUAAUGGCGGCCCAGAGGGAGAGGAGAACAUCAAGGCCCUGCUCACUGAGGCCAAAAAGAUCGCAGACAUGUGUGAGGAUCCCAAAGAAAGAGAUGACAUUUUGCGCUCUAUUGGAGAGAUCGCCGCCAUGACUGCCAAGCUCUCUGAUCUCAGAAGACAGGGUAAAGGUGACACUCCUGAGGCCAGAAUUUUGGCUAAACAGAUCGCAACAGCUCUGCAGAACCUGCAAUCCAAGACCAACAAAGCUGUGGCCAACAGCAGACCUGCAAAGGCAGCUGUUCACUUAGAAGGAAAGAUUGAGCAGGCCCAGCGCUGGAUUGACAAUCCCACCGUGGAUGACAGUGGCGUCGGCCAGGCAGCAAUCCGCGGGCUGGUGGCAGAGGGCCGCAGGCUGGCCAACGCUCUGCCAGGCCCAUACAGGCAGGAGCUGCUGGGUAAAUGCGAACAGGUGGAGCAGCUCAUGGCCCAGCUGGCUGACCUGGCCGCCCGUGGCGAAGGGGACUCCCCCCAGGCACGUGCUGUGGCUCAGCAGCUCCAGGAGGCCUUGAAAGACUUGAAAGGGAAGAUGCAAGAGGCGAUGACUCAGGAGGUGUCUGACAUCUUCAGUGACACAACCACCCCCAUCAAGUUAUUGGGAGUGGCUGCCACCGCCCCUCUGGACGCCCCCAACAGAGAUGAGGUCUUUGACGAAAGGGCUGCCAACUUUGAGAACCACGCCAAUAAACUUGGCACCACAGCAGAGAAGGCUGCUGCUGUCGGUACUGCCAACAAGAGCACAGUGGAGGGAAUCCAGGCUGCCGUCAAGUCGACAAGAGAUUUAACGCCACAAGUGGUAUCUGCUGCUCGUAUUCUGCUGAGAAACCCUGGCAACCAAGCAGCAUAUGAACAUUUUGAAACCAUGAAGAAUCAGUGGAUUGAUAAUGUGGAAAAAAUGACAGGUUUGGUGGACGAGGCCAUCGACACCAAAUCUCUGCUCGAUGCCUCAGAGGAGGCCAUCAAGAAGGACCUGGAGAAGUGCCGUUUGGCCAUGGCCAACCACCAGCCUCAGAUGCUGGUCGCUGGGGCUACCAGCAUCGCCCGCAGAGCCAACCGUAUCCUCCUGGUGGCGAAGCGAGAGGUGGAGAACUCUGAGGAUCCUAAAUUCAGGGAGGUGGUGAAGGCUGCAUCUGAUGAACUGAGCCAGACAAUUUCUCCCAUGGUGAUGGACGCUAAGGCAGUGGCUGGAAAUAUCCAGGAUCCAAGUCUUCAGAAGGGCUUUCUGGACUCAGGUUAUAAGAUUCUUGGUGCUGUAGCUAAGGUCAGGGAGGCCUUCCAGCCACAAGAGCCAGACUUCCCACCACCUCCUCCUGAACUGGAUCAGCUUAAUCUUAACGAUGAGGCAGCACCACCCAAGCCUCCUCUUCCAGAGGGUGAGGUUCCUCCCCCCAGGCCUCCCCCUCCAGAGGAGAAAGAUGAGGAGUUCCCUGAGCAGAAGGCCGGUGAUAUGGUGAACGAGCCCAUGAUGGUAGCUGCCAGGCAGCUCCACGAUGAGGCCCGCAAAUGGUCCAGCAAAGGAAAUGACAUCAUUGGCGCUGCCAAACGAAUGGCCUUGCUCAUGGCCGAGAUGUCACGUCUGGUGCGUGGAGGCAGCGGAAACAAGCGCGCCCUCAUCCAGUGCGCCAAGGACAUCGCUAAGGCUUCCGAUGAAGUCACACGGCUGGCUAAGGAGGUGGCCAAGCAGUGUACUGACAAGCGUAUCCGGACCAACCUGCUCCAGGUGUGUGAACGCAUUCCCACCAUCAGCACUCAGCUCAAAAUCCUGUCCACAGUCAAGGCCACCAUGUUGGGUCGUACCAACAUCAGCGAAGAGGAGUCAGAGCAGGCUACUGAGAUGUUGGUCCACAAUGCUCAGAACCUGAUGCAGUCUGUGAAGGAGACAGUCAGGGAGGCCGAGGCAGCUUCCAUUAAGAUCCGGACAGAUGCAGGUUUCACCCUCCACUGGGUCAGGAAGACCCCCUGGUACCAGUAAGAGAAGAGCCACUGUUCCUCUGCCUCAUGCUGGUUCUGUCCAGCUGUCCAGGAGGACACUGAAUGGACAGAUUUAUACUUUUUCGGAGCUAUGAUAUCAGUGCCCUUCACCCUAAUAUGGGCAAAGUUUCUCUGUUAGUCCCAUGUCCUGUCUGUAACAGUUGCUGUUCUAGUAGAAUGUAAACAAUGGGACUAUCAGUACGAGUUAUGGGUUAGAUUCUUACUGGGAACGUAUUUUUUUCUAAAGUGUGUAAAAAAUGUGUUUUAAAGCUUAUUUUGACAAAUCCCAGGAAUAUAUAUAUUUUUGAUUAGAGGUUGGAUUUCAUAUAAUGUAAGGUUGAUUGUUUUUGGUCUCUUCUAGACACAAACCACAGUAAGUUAAAUUUAAAUGAGAUUUUCUCAAGAGACAUUUUUUAUAUCUUUGUACUGAUAAUUUUAUUAUCAUUAUCAUUCAUUCACCUUUGCUAGAAAAAGCACAUUAUCUUUAGCAGUUGUUACAAGUACAGUAUAGGCCUAUGCCUAGCACACACUAAAUAUAUUAAGUGGUAUUAUGUCUGUUUACACUAUUCUUUAUUAUCACAAGUGAAAGAGAAACACUGUUCCUUAUUUUACAUUUUAUAAUGCAAUUGUAAUAAUGUUUUUUUUCUUCAAAGUUCUGCCAAAGACAGUCUGCCAUGAUCUUUGAAAGGGCUAGUUAUUUAGAUGGGCUAAUUCAAGAAACUAAAAUUUCUAAAGCAAGUAAAGAUGGACACUGCUUGUAAGCUUGUAUUCAAUACAUUCUACAUAUGUUUUGUUUCACAUGUUGCAUUGAGAUUACAUGUAAUAAACAGGCUUGUGCAGGCGCUUAGUUCGCUUAUGCUUCGGGCCGGCUCUACCAACAGGAAUAGAUGUCACUUUAUCUUCAUAUCACAAAAUGCAUUCAUAAUUUCACAGGGCACAAAACUUGGUAAGAUGGUGUGUUGUUGUUAUAGGAAGAAACUUCAAUAUAGUGUGAAAAAGAGAGGAUGGAGAGAUUGUAGCCUACAGGGAGCCUGGAGCCUGCCCCAGGGCGACAGAGUGGGUACACCUGGACAGGUUACCAGUGUAUCUCUGUGCUGCCACACACACACACACACACACACACACACGCAGACAGCCUCACAUCCACAGGCAGCUUUUAGAGGGGGUUAUAUCCAGAUUAAAAACACGUGUGGAGAUGGAACAACUCGAGCACUGUUCGGUCUGUGGUCCGUCCGGAGAUGGAGGGGGCUGAUGGUGAUGGUGGUUGCGUGGUGCUGAAUAUUUUAGGUUUUUCAGUCUGCUACAUAAAUUAAACAGGCGUAACAAGGCUAGACUUUCUCUUCAGGCGAUGAUGGACAUUUUCUCGUUUUAACACCAUAUGGAAGUUUCUCAACAAAGCAGCUCAUCAUGGUUUAACGAGAAAAAUUUGUGUUAAUGAAAUACGUUAUUUUUGUGACAUAAUGAGAGAGUUUUGUGAUAUAAGAAAAAAAUAGAACAAAGUGAUGUGUUAUAACAGGAAACAUUUCUUGUAAAAAUGGAAUAAAUUGUUAAUAACAGGAAAAUAUCUUUAUUGUUAUAACGUGAAAAGGAUCUUAAAUGAGAGAAGUUUCUCGUUAUAACGACAAAAUAUUUAACAAAACUUUUUUUGAUAUUUUUUGCUCAUGGUUGCAACAAUACACUGCUGCCAUAUGCUUCUUCCUUCUCAGUCAACAAACAGAUCUCAACAAAAUAUUUGAGUUUUUGUUAUUUUUAACUUCUGAAACAAAUUGAUUCAAUAAAGGAUGUACAACUACAUUCA